AUCCUACCACUACCUAGGACCUGUUCCUCCUGCCCGUGGAUUUUGUGACGGGCCCCAGAAGUUUCUUGGAGGACAAUCACCGAGCAAGCCUCUCUCCCCUGAUUUCCUGCCCUACUCUCCUCUUAGCUCUGCUGACCACAUCCUCUCUCACCUUACUUAUAUACUUCCUUACCAGUCAUAUCACUGGGGAGUUCUUAGUCCCUUAAACCUAUAGAUGACCCCCACUCAGGCUCUCUGCUUUACCCUCUGCUCUCAUUCUGAGGUUCCUGUCCUUACGUUUCUCCCUAUCUCCCUACGCUGCUCUUAGAACCAUGUCUCUCUGCUUGGAAGCAGCCAGUCGCAUCCUUUGCUGGAUCUCCAACACCCCGUUUUCCCACAGGUGACAGUACUGACUACAAUGCUGUCAGGCCGGUGGUGGUCGAGUACCUGGGGGAGCCUUGGGCUGGGGCCCCAAAACUCUUCUCGGGGAUCCCAGCUCUGUGCCCUCUAUGCCUUCACUUACACUGGGGCAGAUGGCCGGCAAGUGUCCCUAGCUGAAGGGGACAGGUUUCUACUACUUCGAAAGACCAACUCAGACUGGUGGCUGGCAAGGCGACUGGGAGCACCCCCCACUUCUCGACCCAUCUUUGUCCCAGCUGCCUACAUGUCAGAGGAAUCUAUCCCAUCCCAGAGCCCAACCACCAUCACCCCCAGCCAAUCCCUCUGGACACCUGGGCCAAAGGUGUUUCAUGGCUCUGCGGAGGAGCUGCGCCUGUCUCAGGAACCCCCAGGCAGGACCCAGACCACCUCUAAGCGGCCUCCUCCUCUUCCCCCCAAAAUGUGUAGAAGCGUCAGUGUUACCAAUUUGAGGCCUACCCUCCUGAAGCCCUUCCAGGAAGGAGCAAGUGGCAGAUCCCUCUCUCAGGAAGACUUACUGCCAGAGGCGAGUGCCAACACGGCAAGACCCCAGCCCCUCAUGUCAGAGCACCCUGUGUACUGCAACUUAGUGGACCUUCGCCGCUGUCCCCGGUCUCCUCCCACAAGCCCUGCGUGCCCCCCACUACAGAGGCUGGACUCCUGGGAGCAGCACUUGGACCCUAACUCCGGACGCUGCUUCUACAUAAAUUCGCUGACCGGUUGCAAGUCUUGGAAGCCUCCGCGCCGCACUCGAGUGCGGGAGAUGAACACUGGCUCCAUGGAGGGGACACAGACCCUGAAUAGAGACAAUGGUGUCCCGCAACCUCAGGCAAAGGGCUCAGAAUCUGACAAGGCGACCCCGGAACUGCUUGGCCCCCAGGGUUCACCCUACCUCUGCCCCAACAACUUCCAGCUCCACCCCUCAGACCAGCCUUCAGCCUUGCAGCCCUCUCGACCUCUGCCCCAGGUCCUGGACGACCCCCACGAGGUGGAAAAGUCGGGCCUGCUCAACGUGACCAAGAUCGCCCAGGGGGGGCGGAAGCUCAGGAAGAACUGGAGCUCGUCUUGGGUGGUAUUAGCGGGUAACAGCUUGGUGUUCUACCGGGAGCCGCCGCCCGCCGCGCCCUCCUCAAUCUGGGGACCAGCGGGUAGCCGACCCGAAAGCAGCGUGGACCUGCGCGGAGCAGCCCUGGCCCACGGCCGCCACCUGUCCAGCCGCCGCAACGUCCUGCACAUCCGCACGGUCCCUGGCCACGAGUUCCUGCUGCAAUCAGACCAGGAGACCGAGUGGCGAGCCUGGCACCGCGCGCUGCGGGCGGUCAUCGAACGCCUGGUGAGAUGGGUGGGAGGCGAUGGGGCAGAGCCUGGGGAAAGGCUCGGCCCAGGCGGGGAUCGAGAGAACCCCCUGGAACUGCGUCAGUCAGGUUCGGGACCCGCAGAGCUGGAAGAGCUGAGCGGUGGGGAGGACGACGAAGAGGAGUCGGAACCCGUGUCCAAGCCACUGCUGCGGAUCGCCGGCCGCCGGAGCUCCAGUCGGUGUCCUGAAGGAACAGAGCAGAACCGCGUUCGGAACAAACUGAAGCGGCUUAUCGCAAAGAGACCACCCUUGCAAAGCCUGCAGGAGCGUGGGCUGCUCCGAGACCAGGUAUUCGGCUGCCAGUUGGAAUCACUGUGCCAGAGGGAAGGGGACACCGUGCCCAGCUUUGUGAGGCUCUGCAUUGCUGCUGUGGAUAAGAGAGGUCUAGAUGUGGAUGGCAUUUACCGGGUGAGCGGGAACCUGGCAGUGGUCCAGAAGCUUCGCUUCCUGGUGGACAGAGAGCGGGCGGUCACCUCCGAUGGGAGAUACGUGUUCCCAGAACAGCCAGGACAAGAAGGCCGAUUAGAUUUGGACAGUGCUGAGUGGGAUGAUAUUCAUGUGGUCACUGGUGCUCUGAAGCUUUUUCUCAGGGAGCUACCCCAGCCUCUGGUGCCCCCAUUGCUGCUGCCCCAUUUUCGUGCUGCCCUUGCACUCUCCGAAUCAGAGCAGCGUGUCUCUCAAAUACGAGAAUUAAUAGGCUCAAUGCCCAAGCCCAACCGUGACACUCUGCAGUGCCUCCUGGAACAUUUAUGCAGGGUGAUAGCACACUCCAAUAAGAACCGCAUGACCCCUCACAACCUGGGAAUUGUGUUUGGGCCAACCCUGUUUCGGCCAGAGCAGGAGACAUCUGACCCAGCCGCCCAUGCCCUCUACCCUGGGCAGCUAGUUCAACUCAUGCUCACUGAUUUCGCCAGCCUUUUCCCAUGACUGGGGUGAGGAAGAAGACAAAAACUUGUUUCCGCUGAUCUCUGAUGGCUACCCUUUGGUGGGGAUGGGAAUAGUGGAUGUUCUGUUUCGAGGACAUCCCAUUAAAUCCUGUGUCUCCCAGAUGACUGUCUCUGUGAGUAUGACCUGAGGGGUUGGGAUGGGGUGGGGGAACCUCCUAAAAAAGGGAAGUGGGUGGGUUAACCUCUACUUCUCUUCUUGUUCACUGUCACCACCACCGCCCCCCCACCCCAAGACAGUAAAGUGUAAAGCCGGG